AGGAGCAAGGUGGCCCGCAGAGACGGCUCCUUCCUCGGAUCAGUCCCGUCAGUGGAGCGCCAGGCGCGGUGGACGCACACACGGCUCUCUCUCUCUCUCUCUCUCUCUCUCACACACACACACCACGCGUGGAAAAAGGCUGGACAGAGACGGACUCAGCUGGAGGACUUUGAUUUUGUGUGGGAGCAUGAAUUUGCCAUCAAGACAUCGAUCCACACCUCUAGACAAGCCAAGUGAAGCUUUAAAGGGAAAAGCAAACGGAGGCAGGUUUUAAAUGCAACAUCCUCCCUGACGGAGGGCGAUGCUCCCACCUUUCAUUCAGCCAACUAUCACAUGUUUGUAAGAGGAAAAACAACAUUGCGCUGGAUACAUCUUCUGCUCGGCCGCUGUUUUGCGCACUGGGGGCUGUGAAGGGUGAUAUUUUGGACCGCGGCGCGCCACGGCGAGGGACGAUAGUGCGCGUUUUGAUCUGAGCAAUUUCUCAGUGACUCGGACUUGCCUCAGAGCGUAGUUUUGACUCCUCAUCAUGGGCUUCGGUGCACAAACUGACAGAGAGGGAGGAAGAGUGCCGAGAUUCUCCCCGGAGAUGCCCACCGUGUCCUGGCUUUUGCUUUUUCUGCUGCUGGAUGUCGGAGCGGCUCAAGUUGACGAUGACUUCAUUGGUCUCGGUGAGCUGCCGGAGACCUUCCCUUCGGACCCCCCGGAGCCGCUGCCAGUGUUUUUGAUGGAGCCAGAGGAGGCCUACAUAGUCAAGAACAAGCCGGUCAACCUGUACUGCAAGGCCACGCCCGCCACCCAGAUUUACUUCAAAUGCAACAGCGAGUGGGUCCACCAAAAGGAGCACACCGUGGAGGAGAGGGUUGACGAAAACUCUGGCCUGGUAGUGAGGGAGGCCAGCAUAGAGAUCACUCGGCAGCAGGUGGAGGAGUUGUUUGGGCCGGAGGACUUCUGGUGUCAGUGUGUGGCCUGGAGCUCCGCUGGGACCACCAAGAGCCGAAAAGCCCACGUUCGCAUCGCCUACUUGAGAAAGACAUUUGACCAGGAGCCUCUUGGAAAAGAAGUGUCACUUGAACAAGAGGUGCUUCUGCAGUGUCGCCCACCUGAAGGCAUCCCAGCUGCUGAGGUGGAGUGGUUAAAGAAUGAGGAAGUUAUUGAUCCUGCAGAUGACAGAAACUUCUACAUCACCAUCGACCACAACCUCAUAAUCAAACAGGCUCGUCUCUCUGACACUGCCAACUACACCUGCGUGGCAAAGAACAUCGUGGCCAAGAGACGCAGCACCACCGCCACAGUUAUCGUCUAUGUGAAUGGCGGCUGGUCAACAUGGACUGAGUGGUCGGUGUGUAACAGCCGCUGUGGCCGUGGUUACCAGAAACGAACACGCAGCUGCACCAACCCAGCGCCUCUCAAUGGCGGCGCCAUCUGUGAAGGACAAGGCAUCCAGAAGCUGCCAUGCAAUCCUCUCUGCCCAGUGGAUGGCCUGUGGACAGAGUGGAGUAAGUGGUCCACCUGUGGGACCGAGUGCACCCACUGGAGGAGGAGAGAAUGCGGCGCCCCGGCACCCAAAAACGGGGGAAAGGACUGUGAGGGCAUGGUGCUCCAGUCCAAGAACUGCACCGAUGGGCUGUGCAUGCAGAUGGCCCCCAGUACAGAUGAUGUAGCUCUCUAUGUGGGUAUUGUCAUAGCGGUGAUCAUGUGCCUGGUUAUCUCCGUGGUUGUGGCGCUCUUCAUCUACAGGAAAAACCACCGGGACUUUAGCUCUGACAUCAUCGACUCCUCCGCCCUCAACGGAGGCUUCCAGCCUGUCAGCAUCAAGACAGCGCGCAAAGCUGAUCUCCUCACGGCGCCCCCUGAUCUGACCUCAGCGGCCGCCAUGUACCGCGGCCCGGUUUACGCCCUCCAUGAUGUGGCCGACAAAAUCCCCAUGACUAAUUCCCCUCUGCUGGACCCUCUGCCGAACCUGAAGAUUAAGGUGUACAACUCCUCAGGCUUAGUGACUCCACAGGAUGACCUGGGAGGCGAAUUUUCCUCUAAACUGUCACCUAAGCUGCCGCACUGCCUGCUGGACAACAAUGACAGCACGAUGGGCCGUCGCACACAGACCCAAACGUUGCUCCGAACCAGAGAUCCAUCCUGCACCGCUCUGGGCUCCUUCAGCUCCCAGGGGGGACACCUCAUUGUGCCCAACUCAGGGGUGAGUCUGCUAAUUCCAGCUGGGGCCAUUCCUCAGGGCAGAGUGUAUGAAAUGUAUGUGACCGUUCAGAGGAAGGACAACAUGAGGCCCUCGGUGGAUGGGCAAACAGUGCUGAGCCCUGUGGUGAGUUGCGGGCCCCCGGCCCUGUUGACUCGGCCCGUCAUCAUCACCAUGCACCACUGUGCCGUGUGCGACGGCCAACAGGACUGGCUGAUCCAGCUCAAGAGCCAGUCGCAGCAGAACCAGUGGGAGGAUGUGGUGGUGGUGGGAGAAGAAAACUUCACCACACCGUGCUAUAUCCAAAUGGAUGACGAGGCCUGCCACAUCCUGACAGAAACGCUGGGCACUUACUGCCUUGUGGGUCAAUCUCUCAGUGCUUCCACCAUCAAGCGCCUCAAACUCGCCAUCUUUGGCCCCGUCACCUGCCCCGGCAUGGAGUAUCACAUCAGAGUGUACUGCCUGGACGACACACAGGAUGCACUCAAGGAGGUCUUACAAAUGGAGAAGCAGAUGGGUGGGAAAUUGUUGGAUGAACCAAAGACUCUCAGCUUUAAAGACAGCACCCACAACCUGAGACUUUCCAUCCAUGAUGUCCCCCACACAUUGUGGAAGAGCAAACUACUAGCCAAGUACCAGGAGCUUUCCUUUCAACAAGUAUGGAACGGUUCGCAGAGGAACCUCCACUGUUGCUUUACUCUGGAGCGUUUCUCUGCCAGCACCGUGGACCUGGCCUGUAAGAUAUGUGUGCGCCAAGUGGAGGGAGAAGGUCAGAUUUUUCAGCUGGACACUACACUGUCAGAGGAUUCCCAGAGUAUCGACACGUCUCUGCUGGACCCUGCCAGCAACAUCACCACACUGGUGGGGCCAAAUGCCUUUCGUAUCCCCGUCUCUAUCCGCCAGAAGCUGUGCGGCAGCCUGGAUGCACCACAGACCAGAGGAAACGACUGGAGGAUGUUGGCCCACAAACUCAACCUCGACAGGUAUCUUAACUACUUUGCCACCAAAUCCAGCCCGACAGGAGUGAUCCUGGACUUGUGGGAGGCCCAGCAUUUCCCCGAUGGCAACCUGAGUCGCCUCGCCCAGGUGCUGGAGGAGAUGGGACGCCAUGACAGCCUUGUUCCCGCUGUGACUGAGCACUGACAUCUGCCCAGCAGGGAGUGUGACAUUCCAGACACGAAAAAUAAAAAAUAAAGGGAUGGGGACCCCCCGAAAGCAGGAGUCAGUCAAUCUCAAUGACAAACAUGCGUACACAAACGCUGCCUGAGUGUACAUUCAAAAGAAGUAAGAAGAUAGAAAAUGGCGAGGUCUGCUCUGCCAUGACCCAGUUAAACAUUGGCAACAAAGGGUGUAAAAAACUUGGAGAGUAAACAGGAAUCUCUGCCAGUCAUUUCUCUGGCUGUUCCUCUUUCUCUCUCUCUGGUACGACGACUUGAUAUUUUUGGCUCUCGUUUCCGUGGAAACAGCUUUCCGAUUAUUUGUAUGGACUGAGCGGAUGUGAGAUGAUGCCCUCGUAAUAUACAAGAGUUAGCAACACACUAUCAGAGGUCAAAGGAUCAAAGGAGGAAGACUUAGAUCAGAGGAAGCGCUUCUCCCUUUCCGUCUCCAUAGCAACUCCAUGGACAAGUGUGUGUUCUGUGAUAACAUAGUAUUUAAUAAUAUGCUUAUUUAUACAUAUCUCUCUUUUUUUGUAUUUUUUGCUGCCUGUUAUUGAGUACUUUGCAGUGUCUUCUCAUUUUCUUUUUGAUUGUUUGACUGUAUCAUAGCACCACCUGGUGGACACCUGGUGCUCUCACCCUGUCAGCCACAUGUACAAGUACAGAAGGAAAUCAAUGAUGUAAUCAUUUUUGCAGCUUUAGUGUCGCUGUUGUAACUACUAUUAAUACGUUUUAGUCAUGCUAUGUAUAAUUAUUGAUUUUUGCGAUUAUGUGCGCUUCUUUUACACGAUUUUUUCAGUCUUUAAAAUAUUUUUUAUGAGUCGAAUUGGUGAUUUUCCUUUAUUUUCUUGGGGGUUUUUUGCAUGUUUUUUUUCCUCUUUUUUUACCAGAUCAUUUGGCUAAUUACACCAGUCUAUCCCCACGAAACAGAGAGCGAUCAAGAUGCUGAGUGAAUAUCAUGGCUGAUGAGUUGUGUGUUGUUCAAGAUGUCAUUUACGCUAAAGGCACCCGGCAGAGUGGAGAGGACGAAGGGGAAUCGAACAAGUAUAUUUUUGUAGGACCAAUGCAAGUGAAAACGACUGCUUUUUACCAAAUAAUUGACAUAUGAUGUUUGAGGUUCAAUUUAUUACAGAAAGUGAUCAUCUAAAUAUUGUGUCAUUUCACAUGUUCACAACUAACAUUCAUCUGUGCUUUUGGAGGAUAGUGGAGACUUUAACUCAGACUUUGAUGUUUGUACAUUAAUGACAGAAGCCAUUGAUAUUAUGAUGACACUGACUCUGUGCAUAAAAAUUUGUGAUAGCUGUAAAUGCAACAUUCCUUUGAUGCAGCAGCACUUGCGACUGUUUAAGUGUUCUUGUUUUUUUUUUUCAAGUCUUUCUUUUUAAUGGCAGUUGUUCCAGUUUUCGUAAAGCCGUCUAUGCAAACUCUGCAUCCUUUUUGAAACAAUCUUUACAUUCUCAGUGGGCUAGCCUUCGCAUUCCCUAGUUGUUCUUCAGCUUCAUGAUUAUUAUUGUGUAUAGUGAGAAUGUAGCCUGUCUGUUUUCUGGCACUCAUGGUGUUCCUCGCAACCGCUUGCAUUUCAUCUGUCAAGUUACUGUACAAAGUGUAAGAAAGAAUUUUUAAGACUAAUAAUAAAUUAUAUUUAUAUGCAACAUUGAAAA